UUGGUAGCAAUAUAGCUCAAAAUAAGGAAAUGAAAUUGUUAGCAAUCGUUUUGGUUGCGUUGACCUCAUCGGUCUGCGCAACGCCAUCGCCAAAAUGUGGACUGAAACAUGUCAGACGUCCUGCCGAUGGUGAUGACUUCAAAGUGCCAAUUGUCGAAAUUGAUCAAAAUUUCCAGGAAAUUCUAACGAACAUCCAACAGAGCGAUGACUUCGAGGAUAACUUGAAUAUUCCGAUUGACUCGCCAAAGGACCAUAUGGGACUACAUUACAUCGAUACGUUGGAAGAAAUGCAAGAAAUGGGAGUGAACACACAAUCCAUUAAUCCCGAUUUGAUUGAGGAUGCUUUCUUGUUGGUGCCAGAACUUAUCCGCAAACAUGGAUAUCCAGCUGAACGGCAUACUGUACGCACGAGUGACGGUUAUUUGUUGGAAAUGCACCGAAUUCCAUUUAGCCCUCACAACACUACUGCAGAAGGUAGACAGCCAGUUUUUCUGAUGCACGGACUUCUUGAUUCGUCCAGUACUUGGGUCAUUAUGCGACCAGGCAAUGGAUUGGCGUACCUUUUGGCUGAUAUGGGAUACGAUGUCUGGAUGGGUAAUGCUCGCGGUAACAGAUAUUCAAGGAAUCAUGUUACUUUCGAUCCCGAUGGUCGUCGCUCUGACCGUAGACGUUUCUGGGAAUUUUCAUGGCAUGAGAUUGGUACAACUGACUUGCCAGCUAUGAUCGACUACGUUUUGGCACAAACUGGAUAUGAAAAACUUCAUUACAUCGGUCAUUCACAGGGAACAACAUCGUUCUUUGUCAUGGCCUCUGAACGACCUGCGUACAAUGACAAGAUUUUAAGUAUGCAAGCUCUUGCCCCAGUCGCUUUCAUGUCGAACUUGAGAAGUCCAUUCGUUCGAGCUGCCUCAUUGUUCCUAAACACUUUGGAUACUGCUACUAGCGUUCUUGGCAUCUACGAAUUCUUACCGACUAGCGAAUUAUUAGCACUUGGCGGUCAAGCUGCGUGUCGUGAUGAGGCAUGGACACAAGCACUGUGUUACAAUGUUCUUUUCUUGAUUGCUGGAUUCAAUUCUGCCCAAACAAAUACGACAAUGAUUCCAGUUAUGCUCGGUCACACACCUGCUGGAGCUUCAGCAAAUCAGUUGAUCCACUACGGUCAAGGUGUCCGAUCAAGACGCUUCCGUCAAUACGAUUGGGGAAUGGUCUCAAACUUAUGGACAUACGGCAGUAUCAAUCCACCAGCGUACAACCUAAGAAACAUUCGAGCCCCGGUUGCUCUGCAUUAUUCAGCCAACGACUGGCUAGCUGAACCAGUUGAUGUGGAGGAAUUGCAUCAAGGACUACCGAACGUGAUUGGAAAAUUCUUGGUACCAGAUCCGUUGUUCAAUCAUUUGGACUUCGUUUGGGCUAUUGACGUUAGAACUCUGUUGUACGAUCGUGUUUUCCAAAUAAUGCGAUUGGUUGAGCAGGGUGUGUUACCAAUCCGUUAAAGUUGAACUGCUGUUGAUAGAAGAGAAGAAAUAAAAGAAUUUCCCAUCAUUUAAAA